AUGGAGGAACGAUGUAUUCUGGUUGAUCGAGACGACAACAUUAUAGGAUCAGAGACGAAGAAGAAUUGCCACCUCAAAACGAACAUCGAACAGAAACGAAUGCUCCAUAGAGCGUUUAGUGUUUUUCUUUUCAACAAUGAAGGCACAAAAAUGCUGCUACAGCAAAGAGCGGGUUCUAAAAUUACGUACCCUAAUUUAUGGAGUAAUGCUUGUUGCAGCCACCCGUUAUUUGAAAUCGAGCACGAGAAAAAUGGCUGGGAAGGAGUGAAGGUAGCAGCUAUUCGUCGUCUUAACUACGAACUCGGAGUUGCGACUGCAUUUCUGUCGGUGAAAGAUUUCGCCGCUAGAGGGCGCGUCCAUUAUCAGGCUGGGAACAGUGUGAAAACAUUCCCUGAUGAAUUUAUGGAACAUGAAAUUGAUUAUCUUCUGUUUGCAAAGAAGACUAUUGACCUUGAUAACGUGAACAAAAAUGAAGUUCAGGAUACAAAAUGGGUGGGAAAAGAAGAAUUGUCUCAUUGGGUGAAAAAAGAGCGGAAAGUGUUCACGCCCUGGUUUAAACUGAUCAUGCACGAAAAAUUGUUCAAUAUCUGGGACAAAAUUCAAGAAUCGAAUUUCUUGAAAGAAUUGAACGAGGAUCUAAAGGAAAUAGACAGAUAUGCUCCGGAAUAA